AUGACUUCGACCUCCUUCCUCUUCAUCACGGCCGAAGACGCCGACGUCAAGCUCGUGAACCGGCUCCUCUUGAACCUUCGCAACUGGGACUUCACCUCGGAGGGGGAUACUUUUGUGCUCAUCACGUCGAAAACCGACACCCUUCCCAUGGACAUGGAACCCACGCAGCCACCUCUGCAAGAGUUCCGCCGAAACGAAUGGAAGGGCGCGGCCAUCGAAGAUAUCGAGAAGCAGUCGGCGCACGGCCAAGUCACCGAGUCCAGCAACGAACUAGGGCUCUUCCUCGUGCUGGACGAUCAGGGCGCCGCGGACGGCACCGUCGCCCUAUUCCAGCGGGCCAUCGAUGCCGACGCCGAGCCAAUCGCCUACCCGGAGCGGUUCAACAAGUUCCGCACGCUGUGGACGAACGCGUAG